AUUAAUGUAUACAUAAGAGAAGUUACUCAGGUGCAUAUAUAUAUGAUAACCAGUCUUAAUCUUUAAGCAUUGAGGUUGAGAUCUUAUCAACACUCUCAAAGAUGGCGGAGGGUACGAUAAUCGUGAUCAAAGUUGAUCUAAAGUGCUGCAAAUGCUACAAGAAAAUCAAGAAAAUACUGUGUAAAAUCCCCCAAAUACAAGAUCAAGUUUAUGAUGAGAAGAAAAAUACAGUUACAAUAAAAGUGGCGUGUUGCGGCUGCCCUCAGAAAAUGAUGCAAAAGAUCCGCUGCAAGGGCGGUAAGUCAAUCAUAAGUAUAGAAAUCAAACCGCCUGAGAAGAAAAAAGAGAAACCACCCCCACCUCCACCUCCACCUCCACCUCCACCUCCACCCCCACCCCCACCUCCACCUCCACCUCCACCCCCACCCCCACCCCCACCCCCACCCCCACCCCGAUGUAAAGACGAGCCACCACAUAAGCUACCCAAGACACCGAUACUGGUCUGUACGCCGGGCUACGCCUACCCAGUCCCGUUUGAGGAGUGUUGCAGGGAGUGCUCUGAGGGGCGGAGAGGGGGGCCAUGUGAACAGCUUGCUUAUGGGAGACCUCCAUGUUAUGGUGGCUAUUAUGGAAGGCCAGUUUGUGAUAGUUGGGGUGGUGGCUGUGAUUGUGGUUGCAACAGGGGUUAUUAUUGCAGAAAUCGUUGUGGCUAUUACUAUUAUUGUGAAGAAAACCCUUCAUCUUGCUCGAUUAUGUAAUCACAUUAUGCUUCAUCGAUGCAUAUGGUCAUCGAUCAAUCUCCUAGUUUGAUUAUUCAUAGAUAAGUUUUUGUGGGUGUGGGCAUGUGUCUUUCCCUUCUUUGAUAAGUUGUUGUGGGAGUGGAAAUAUUGUGAUCCUAUUAUUGUAAAAGGUGCCAUUUUUUAUUGGAUUCUUUUUUCCUUUUUCUCUCAA